AUGUCUACAAUUAGAUGGGUUGAUCUGUUAUCAAGCGAAUCAAAUUUUUCGCACUCGAAGGCUAACAAUGAUGAGAUCAAUGAAAAAUUAAAAAAAAAAAAAGUUAUUUAUAAAUCUGAGACAGAUUUAAAUAAUAGCUUUUUAAAUUCAUAUAAUGGAGAUUUAGAUAAUAGUAACGUUGGAAUCAAUUUAAAAAUAAAAAAUAUGUGUAUUAAAGAAAAGAAAGAUAUAAAGGUAGAUCAAAAAAUAAGCCAAAAUAUUUGUAGUAAUAAAAAAGAUACAGUUAUACAAAAAAAAAAUAUGAACACUAAUUAUGAUGAAAAAAUGAAUGUUGUUCAUAACAUACAAUCUAAUGAUCAGACAGAUAAAAAAGAAAAAGAAGAAAGUAUGUUAAAUAAAAUAAAUAAUUUUGAUAACACCACAAGUACUCAAAGUAGAUUAUAUAAUAAUAAUAUUGACUCUAAUGAAACAGAAAAGAAUAUACGUCAUCUUGAUAAAAAAGAAAAUAAUAAUAAUAAUAAUAAUAAUAUGCUUGAGAAAAAAAAAAACAACCACAGUGAAGGACAUAUAACAAAUCAGGAUGAUAUAAAAUUAAAAGUUAAUUUGUCUUAUCCUGAAAAAAAAAAUAAUGAUAAUCAAGAAAAUGCAAAAGAUAUAAAUAAAGAACUUGUUACAAAUAUUGCCAAUAGUAAGGAAGAACAGCAUAAUGGUCUAUCAGUCAUAUCUUCAAAUGAAGAAUGGAUUCAAAAUGCUAAUAACAGUAAUAAUGUUAUAAGAACUGAUAAAGAUACUUCUAAGAAUACAGAAGAUGUAUCAAAUAGAAAUAAAGAAAAAAUAUCAGAACAAAGCAUUUUAAAAAAACAUAUCACUGAUAGAAAUAAAGAACAAAAUUGUAGAUCCAGAGAUUCCUCCAAAAAAAGAAAUAGCGCUUCUGGAUCAUCGAAAAAGGUUAUAGGAUCUGUAGAUAAUAAGAAAAAUAUAGAAUCAUUAAUGACAAAUGUCUCAGAAAAUAACAAGAAUGAUUCUUUAAAAAUGAAUCAGGAAAAAAAUAACAAAUAUGUAGAACAUAGUAGAAAAGGAAAAAAUAAAAGGAAAGAACGAAAUAAUAAUAUGGAAAAUAGUAUUCUAAAUAAUAAUAGUAUUUCUGUGUUGGAUUAUACUGUUUCUCAUGAUGUUACAUUAGAUGAUAAUAAUAUUCCUUUGAAUCCAACAAAAAAAAUGAAAAAUAAAAUGAAAGAUGUGAAAAAUUUACAAGUUAAUAAAAAUGAUGAUAUCUUUAAUAUGAAUAAAUCAAAACUUUUUAAUUCAUUGAAACAGGUGGAUAAUAAGAACAUAGGAACUAAUAAAGUAAUGGAAGAAGAAAAUAAUACAAGUGUUAAAGAAAAUGAAAAUAUAAAAUUUCCAAGAAUACAAAAUAUGAACAGUAUGAUAGAUAAAGAAGAUAAUCCAUUUUAUAAUGUUAUGAAUAAUAAUAUAGAUUUAGAAAAGUUUAAAAAUUUUAAUAAUAAUUUUAUAAAUUAUAUAGGAGAUAUAAGAAAUAAUUUUAGUGAUUCUUUAUGUACAGUUAAUAGAAAUAGAGUUAAUAGUAGACUUAAAGAAAUAGCUGUUGGAAAAUCUACAAAAGAAUAUAAAAAUUAUGUUAAACUAGUUAAAUAUGAAGAUAGAUUAGAAGAUGAUCCCGCUACACCCAAUGCAUAUGAAGAUAUAACGAAUGCCAAAUUUCAAGCGAAAUAUAAUUUAUGGAGAAAAAAAUUACAUAAAUUUGAUUCCUUAAAUUGA